UAUAAAGCCGGCCCGGUUUGAAAUCCUCCUCUGCAUCGGAUGAAGGCCGCCGCGCCGGUGGAUCCGAUGGAUCCGGGGCUCGGUACGAGCGGGGGAGGAGGAGGAGGAGGAGGAGCUGAGGCGGUGGUGAGCGAUGGGGGGCAGCAGGUGGAUCUUACCAUUCACCCCUCCGGGAUCAUCCCCACCCUCCAGAACAUCGUUUCGACAGUAAACCUGGACUGCAGGUUGGAUCUGAAACAAAUUGCUCUACAGGCUCGUAAUGCAGAGUACAACCCAAAGCGUUUUGCUGCAGUUAUCAUGAGGAUAAGGGAGCCAAAGACAACAGCACUUAUAUUUGCUUCGGGAAAGAUGGUUUGCACUGGAGCAAAGAGCGAAGAUCAUUCAAAGCUUGCUGCGAGGAAGUAUGCGCGAAUCGUCCAAAAGCUUGGCUUCCCAGCAAAGUUCAAGGAAUUCAAGAUCCAGAACAUUGUUGGCUCAUGUGAUGUCAAAUUUCCAAUUCGUUUGGAGGGCCUUGCAUAUUCUCAUGGCGCAUUCUCUAGUUAUGAGCCAGAGCUCUUCCCUGGGCUGAUUUACCGGAUGAAGCAGCCAAAGAUUGUGCUCCUGAUUUUUGUUUCUGGUAAGAUUGUUCUCACUGGAGCCAAGCAACGCGAAGAGAUUUACGCUGCCUUUGAGAACAUGCACCCAGUGCUAACUGAAUACAGGAAAACUCAGCAGCGCUGAGUGAAUUCUUGUCCUCAACAGAGUGGGGUGAUCUGUCAAUCGAAUGGGGGAUAUUUGCUGCCGCCGCUGUACAUACCAGCUUAAGGACCUGGCUGCCAAAAUUCACACGCACCUGGCGUCACUCCUUUACUUUCCUUUGUUCAUCGUAGCUCAGGAUAGGAGAGCAACUGAGCAAAGAAGAGUUUGUAAACAACUUGAUCGAAGGAUUCUUUUGAUAAAACUAAUGCUGACAUGAAUGGGAAUGCAAAUUGACUUGAGAUCUUGUGCAUAUGCAUCUGUCAUCAAAAGUUCGUCUAACAUGUUAACAAUAGCAAAGGUUAUAAAAAACGAAUGACAGAGCAGAAGCUGGAACCAAUUUUGUCAUCUGUCUUUUUCUAAACCAAUUUUUUCGUCGGUCUUAGAGUACUGUCUUCAACCAUUUUCCUUUUUUUUUCGUCGGUUAGUAAGUGGGCGUACUGAAAAGUUGUAAAAAAAAAACAGUAAGUCACUGAAAUCGCAUUGGAUUUUAGGGCCUCAGUGGUUGGGCUUUGAGCGGAGAUAUCUUGAGACAAAAAUUCAAACCUGAUUGCUGCUGGCGA